CGCGACGGGCGAACAUGGCUCCUGGUAAAUUUGGAAAAUUGAAAAAUAUAGUGCGGUCGGAGUGUGUUUGCAUCAGCGUGAAGCCCAAUGUUAAGUUAAAACAUUGACCGCCCACGCCCACCAACGACAAUAGCCGCGUUUUAUAAGAAUUCGCCACGCCGAGGCUGUGACCGCGUGUGUCUGUGUGCGAGAAAAAUCAAUGUGCGUGCGUGAGUGCGAGUGAGUGGGAAGGUGAUUGUGAAGCGCUGCUUGCAAAAAAGAAAUAGGCAAACGCUGCAGCAGAGCCCCUGCACGAAUACAAGCGCAAAUCGCCGUAGUAACGCAGCAUCGAUUGUACAGUUUUAGAGCAAAAACAAAUCAAUUAAAAAAAAUGUGGGCGUCCCACAAAAGCUGACUGCUGCCGCACCGGAAAGGGAACCAUUGCCAAAGAUUAGUUACUUAGAGUAGAUCGACCGAUCACAAAGCGUAUCACAAAUAACCAUUGUAUAAUGACAUCAAGACUCGACCGUCUUUUCAUCUUACUUGAAUCCGGCUCCACAGCGGCCACACGGCAGGCGGCCGCCAAGCAGAUCGGCGAGGUCCAGAAGCUUUAUCCACAAGAGCUGCAUGCGUUGCUCAAUCGGCUGGUGGGCUACCUCCACAGCUCGUCCUGGGAGACGCGCAUUGCGGCGGCCCAGACCGUUGAGGCCAUAUUGAAGCAGGUGCCGCCAUGGCAGCCGGAACAGCAAGUGGUUCCGAAGAAGGAGCGCUCUGGCAGCGAUGCUAACACCGCUGCCGUCGAAGAGGACAGCUGCCAAUCGAGUGGCUCCAGCUCCACGACGGCCAGCGAGCGUUUGCUGAGCUUCGAUGAGUUCGACCUGCAGCAUAUUUUACAUAAGGGAGCUCGCCUUAUCGGCUCCGAGGGCAACGAGUUUGAUGUGCAGGAAGAGCAGCCGGCCAGCGGUGGCGGAGCGGAAGAGCACAGUGUUGCCAGUCGCCUCAGUCGACAGCGGGCGGUGCUCAACGAUAAACUAGGUCUAACAACAGCCGCCAAGCUGGGAGUCAAUUUGACUGACAUGAUCACCGAUGAGGAUGUGGCCCUGGCGAGAAGCGGAAGCAGCUACAAUAUCAAUGCCGAGAAAACGCCCGUGGAGCAAAUCCUUAACAUAAAAACAGCGUCCAAUGGUUCUGGGCAGGCACAACUCAGUUGCCGGGAAAUGAACAGGGCGAAGCGCAAGGCCCGGCAGAAUACCACAGCCUCUGCCUCAUCCGUAGUCACGCCCACAUGCAGCAGGCGGAACUCAAACAGCAACCACAGUACGGGCAGCAACCACAGCAACAACGGUGGACCCACAUCGGCCAUAUCUACGCUGGAUGAACCAGAGAAGAAAAAGCUAAAGGCAACAGAUCGUCAGGAAAUUUUCUACAGCUUAAAUGCUGCCGUGCCAGAUGUCACAGGCACUUGGGUGGAUGCCGUCUCCUGGCCAUUGGAGAACUUCUGCUCGCGCCUUUUUAUCGAUCUCUUUCAUGCCAAAUGGGAGGUGCGCCAUGGAGCGGCCACAGCGCUGCGGGAGCUAAUCAAUCAGCAUGCUCAGGGAGCUGGUAAGGCGAUACACCAAAGCCGGGAACAAAUGGAUGAAGCGCACAGUCGCUGGCUUGAGGACGCUGCUCUACGGUUGCUCUGCGUGCUAUGCCUGGAUCGAUUCGGUGACUUUGUCUCGGAUCAGGUGGUUGCGCCGGUGCGUGAGACAUGCGCCCAGGUGCUAGGAACCCUGGUGAAAGAAAUCGAGGCGGCAAAGGUGCAACGGAUCGUAGAAAUCCUUCUGAAGCUGAUCCAGCACAAGAACGAAUGGGAGGUGCGACACGGUGGACUGCUGGGACUGAAAUAUGUGUUUGUGGUGCGUGAGGAACUGCUUCCAGUCUACCUGCCGCUAUCCAUUAACAACAUCCUCAUCGGCCUGCUGGACUCCGUCGACGAUGUAGGAGCCGUGGCUGCGGCCACCCUUAUACCAGUGUCCUCUUGGCUGCCCAAGCUGCUAACACCGCCGCAAGUCUCCUCAAUCGUUAAGAUGCUGUGGGAUCUGCUCUUGGACCAGGACGAGCUCACAUCGGCUUGCAACAGUUUUAUGGGCCUGCUGGCUGCUAUUCUCUGUCUGCCAAAAGCAGCAAGUUGGGUGCAAAUGGAGCCCAUGGCCACGCUGGUGCCCCGUCUGUGGCCUUUUCUUUCGCACAGCACCAGCUCGGUGCGAAGGUCCACCCUGAAGACGCUCCUGACCUUAACCUCUAGCCACGAUAAAGUGAAAAUGGAACCUAAGAAGGAGGAAGACGAAAUUAAGGAUCAGGUCAAUGCGGAUCAAAAGAUAAUGAAGCUUAACUUUGGAGUUGGCGAUUGGAAAUGGGAGUUAUUACAGCAGGCGCUCCGUCAUAUAUAUCAACGCAUUCUGGUGGAGCCACACGCGGAUAUCCAGGCUCUGGCUCGUCAAGUUUGGACCAAUCUUAUUGAGCAUGCGGAUCUUGGCGCUCUUCUGCAUGCUGCCUGCCCGUACGUCUCCUCCUGGAUUUGCCUUUCCAUGCAGCCGCCCAGACUUGCCUUCGACCCGGGAGUGCUGAUCAAGGCUGGAGGAGAUCCAAGUUCCUCGAGGAAACGAACGUCCCGCAUUGGAGACGACUUGGGUGGUGCCACUUUGGCCCACUCUAAUGCCACCCUCAAGUUGUAUUUGGGCGGAAGCGAGGCAACACCCUUGGAGGUGCGAGAAGCGAACUUUAUGCGGGCGCGGAUCUCCUCAUCGCGGGCACUGGGUGCUCUCUCCCAUUACCUAGUGCAGCCGGCUCCCGGAGUGGUGUACACGCCACAAACUGAGAGUCCCACAGACUGCUAUACCAAGGUGCUGUUGGGUCAUCUCAAUGCCCACUCGGCUGUCCAGAGGAUAGUGUGCGGUCUGAUUAUUGCAUUUUGGGCACUGGAAGAUGAGCCAGUGCGUCCAGGACCGCCUAACCUCCAGGAGAAGCUGCACCAGUGUGUGAGCGAAUACGUAUACUACGAUGAAGUGGCCGUAUCGCUGACCCGAUUGCUGCAGGAGGCACAGGACUUCAUAGCCACGCUCAAGCAGAACAAGAUCCCGAUCAAUGACUUCAACAACGCCAAGAUAUUGACCCUGGAGCAGAUUGAAGCAGUGGCUACUACGCUGACCGAAAACCUACGCAUCUAUCCCCUCAAACCCAAGUUGCUGGACAUGUUAGAGGAGCGACGCCGCAGCCUGUAUGCGUCAUACCAGCAGACAACCACCGAGCAGAGUGCCUACCACGUCAGUGCGCAGGCAGCACUAGCUGGAGCUAUCUGUGCCCUGCACUGCCUGCCCGAGAAGCUGAAUCCAGUGGUGAAGCCACUGAUGGAGUCCAUCAAACGGGAGCAGUGUCUACAGCUGCAGCAGCUUUCGGCAGAGUUCCUGGUCCAUCUGAUGGAUCAGGUUUGUGAUAGAAAUCCUAGUCCAAACAACAAGAUCUUGGGAAACCUCUGCACCCUACUAAGGAGCGAUGCCGAGCAUACGCCCAUGCUGGUAAUGCCGCUCCAGACACUACAGCAGACGACGCCUUCGCCGGGGGUCACCAACUCUUGUGUCUACUACGGCAUUCUGACUCUGGCCCUGCAACAGGCAGUGGCAACCACCAGUUCUCGAGGCGGAGGAAGCGGAACUGGAGGCGGAGCCGCAACACCAACUGCCCCCACACCUGGCCGUGGUCCCGGACGACCGCCUGCAGGCGAGGUUCUAGCCACAGCAAUUAUCGCUGCUUCCAGCAUUGAGUUGAAGCAAGCCCAGCAAGCCAAGGAGGCAGAGGCCAGGCAGUGUCGCAUCCAACGGUUGGGAGCCACCUGCGCAAUUGAGAAGCUGUGCAGCACCUUCGGCGAGCACAUAGUGGAAAAGGUGACCGUUUUUAAGCAGCUGAUGUUCGGAAAGGUGCCGCAGUUUGUGCAGGAAAUGGACGAAUGGCGGUUGGCCAAUACUCUACCGGAGCUGGGAGCCUGCAACGAGCUGAUCACCUCCCUCCAGUUGAUUGAGACAGCCGCCCCGCAUCUGCAUGCCGCCCUGCACUCCCAGAUGUUCGACCUACUGUCGCCGCUUGGACACAUUGUUCGGCAUCCCCUUAAAGCGGUUCGCCACAUGGCCGCCCGAUGCGUUGCCGCUCUGGCGGAUAUCGACGCCUGUAUGACAAUGCAGUUUGUGGUGCAGGACAUGGUGCCGCAGCUGGGGAAGAUCGAGUAUCUGAUUGACCGGCAGGGAGCAAUGGAGGCCAUCGAACGGGUGGUCAGUCGCCUGCAGAUCAAAGUGGUGCCGUACAUCGUGCUGCUUGUGGUGCCCCUGCUAGGAGCCAUGAGUGAUCCAGAUGAGUCAGUGCGACUGUUGGCCACCCACUGUUUUGCCAAUCUUGUCCAGCUAAUGCCGUUGGACGGCAAGGCGGAGCAGCUGAAGAGCGAGCCACUGCAGGCGCGAAAAACGCGUGACCGCGAAUUCCUAGACUAUCUGUUCAAUCCAAAGAGCAUUCCCGACUACCAAGUCCCAGUGCCGAUCAGCGUGGAUCUACGCUGCUACCAGCAGGCGGGCAUCAACUGGCUGUGGUUCCUUAACAAGUACAAUUUGCACGGCAUUCUCUGCGACGACAUGGGUCUGGGCAAGACCCUACAGACCAUUUGCAUCCUGGCCGGCGAUCAUCUGCACCGCCAGGCAACCAAGCAGGCCAAUCUGCCCAGUUUGGUCAUCUGCCCGCCAACCCUUACAGGUCAUUGGGUGUACGAGGUGGAGAAGUUCCUCACGCAAAACUCUGUCCUGCGCCCACUGCACUACUUUGGAUUCCCGGUGGGCAGGGAGAAGCUAAGGAGCGAGAUUGGAACAAGCUGCAACCUCGUGGUGGCCUCCUACGACACGGUUCGCAAGGACAUUGAGUUCUUCAGCAACAUUCACUUCAACUACUGUGUCUUGGACGAAGGUCAUAUCAUCAAGAACGGCAAGACCAAAAGCUCCAAGGCCAUCAAGUUGCUGAAGGCCAACCACAGAUUAAUACUCUCCGGCACACCCAUCCAGAACAACGUUCUGGAGCUAUGGUCUCUAUUCGACUUCCUCAUGCCGGGCUUCCUCGGCACCGAAAAGCAGUUCAUACAACGCUUCUCCCGCCCCAUUCUGGCCUCGCGGGACGCCAAGAGUUCGGCCAAGGAACAGGAGGCCGGGGUGCUGGCCAUGGAGGCGCUUCAUCGCCAGGUUUUGCCCUUCUUGCUGCGCCGCGUCAAAGAGGAUGUGCUCAAGGACCUGCCGCCGAAAAUCACUCAGGACCUGCUCUGCGAAUUGAGUCCGCUCCAGCUGCGCCUCUACGAAGACUUUAGUAAUAAGCAUCUGAAAGACUGUUUGGACAAACUGGGCGACUCGUCGUCGCCGGCGAGGGUGACGGAGAAUCUCAGCUCCCAGACUCACAUCUUCCAGGCACUGCGCUACCUACAGAACGUGUGCAACCAUCCCAAGCUGGUGCUACGGCAGUCCGAGGAGCUCACCCAGGUGGCCGCUCAGCUGGCACUGGGCAACAGCUCACUGGACGACAUAGAACAUUCGGCUAAGCUGCCUGCACUCAAGCAACUCCUUCUCGACUGCGGCAUUGGUGUACAGACAGAGUCAGUCAGUCAGCAUAGGGCACUCAUCUUCUGUCAGUUAAAAGCGAUGCUGGAUAUUGUGGAGCACGAUCUGUUGCGACGGCACUUGCCCAGCGUCACAUACCUGCGGUUGGAUGGCAGCGUGCCAGCCUCCCAGCGCCAGGACAUUGUCAACAACUUUAACAGCGACCCCAGCAUCGAUGUCCUGCUCCUGACCACACUGGUUGGUGGACUGGGUCUAAAUCUAACCGGAGCCGAUACGGUCAUAUUUGUGGAGCAUGACUGGAAUCCCAUGAAGGAUCUACAGGCCAUGGACCGUGCCCAUCGCAUUGGCCAGAAGAAGGUGGUUAAUGUCUAUCGGUUAAUAACGCGUAACUCGCUCGAGGAGAAGAUCAUGGGGCUGCAAAAGUUCAAGCUACUCACCGCCAACACGGUGGUGAGUGCGGAGAAUGCCUCACUCCAGACCAUGGGCACCUCGCAGAUCUUUGACCUCUUCAACGGCGGCAAGGAUAACGCUGCCAAGGCGCAGGGAGCAACUGUAUCCGGAUCAACCAGCGUGUCCAUGAACACCAUUAUCGAGAACUUGCCGGAGCUGUGGUCCGAGCAGCAAUACGAUGAGGAAUACGAUCUGGGCAAUUUUGUGCAGGCACUAAAAAAGUAGAGACGACCGCUUCCCACUCCAAGACUUCCAGUAAAAAGUUCUCUUCUAGGGUACUUUGAAUAGCUAAAAUGCCAGCCGAAUAUCUUUAUUUUUCGGCAGCAUUUUGGGAUGUCUUUUUUUUUCUUUUGUUCCUUUGUAAUCGCAAAA